GCUGUAUUAUAUCAAUACAGAAGAAAUGACAAAGAGUAUAUUUGUUUGUGCACUGAAUAUUUUGACAGUCAUUCAGGUCCUUUCACUGCACAGUAGAGGAAUUAGAGAUGAACAAUAGGUAGAUGAGAGAUGUUGUGAGGCCAUUGUGCAAUAGGAGGUGAACAGUUAGCUGGCAUUUUCCAGAGCUGAAUAAAACCCGUUUCACAGAGGGCACUGGGUCCGUGUAUCCCACAACACACAGGAGUCAGUUCGCUCCAGGGUUUCAUCUGAAGAGGCGUUACGGUCGAAGGAAAAAGUGGAGACCCACAACUCGCAGCGGCAAACAAGGACCUGGCCUGCUCUUCUCCAGUUCCUCCCUUCGAGUAUUGCUCGCGCUCUCCAGUCGACCGUGGAGCGGUGGCGAGAGAUGCACCCACAGCGUCCGCUGCCCCAGGCCAUGCCCUCCUCGCUGGGCCAGAACCUGAGGGAUGCAGCUCUGAGGAUGGGACAUGGCAAGAACCUGCUGGGAGGGAAUGUGGCUUAUGGAGUCAUCCAGUCUCUUAAAGAGUGCCUCUACUUUCUACUCUGCUGCUGGUGCAUCAAAGAGAUCCUGGACUAAAAAAAAA